UAUAGCAUAAUAAAGACGUGAACGGAGCACCGAAGACCUUUUACCAUGUCAGCUGGUGAAUAAUUCUUCCUCAACUCGAAUCCUGUGUGUGCAUCACGAAAAAAAGACAACGCAGAACAAGACUACUGUCACAAUGAACGAGACAAAGGAAUAUAUUUACCCGGACUACAAUGACGACUCUUUUAGUCCUUGCGCCCUCGGUAGCGAGUUGGACUUCUACAUCAUGUUGAUCACUGUUCUGUACUGUUUGGUUUUCAUUUUGGGCUUCAUCGGCAAUGCUCUGGUGGUGAGCGUCCUGGUGAGAUACCGCUACCAAGCCACCUUGACAGACAUCUGCCUUGUCAACUUGGCUGUGUCUGACCUGCUCUUCAUCGCCACACUGCCACUCCACAUCCACAACGCUCUGGUCAAAGAAUGGACCCACGGUGGAUUCUGGUGCCAUUUUUCUGGUGGCUCCAAGAGCACUGGCUUCUUCUGCAGCAUCUUCAUCCUGGUUGUCAUGACAGUGGACCGCUACGUAGUCAUUUUACACAGCGCAAAGGUGGCAAAGUAUCGCACCGUGGGAACAGGGGUCGCUCUCACGGUGGUUGUGUGGUUGCUGAGCUUGUGUAUCUCCAUGCCUGCUUUUAUUUUCACCAAAGCGACAGAUGAUUCUCACGGGAUCGGUUGCGGUUACAACCCAGACAACAAGGUCUGGAAUGUGUACAACAUCUUAGCAAAUAGUGUUGUGGGUCUGGUGCUUCCCUUGCUGGUGAUGGUGCUGUGCUACUCCAGGAUCAUCCCUGUCUUGAUGAGGAUGAGGAGCUCAAAGAAGCACCGAAUUGUCAAGCUGAUAGUUGCUAUCGUGGUUGUCUUCUUCCUUUUAUGGACACCAUAUAAUAUUUCAGUUUUUCUUAACUUCCUGCAGUCUGAUUUGGACUUGCUGAACGACUGCAACUCGAGUAAUAAUUUAACACUGUUACUGGUAUUUAGCGAGCCCCUUGCAUUAUCACACUGCUGCUUGAAUCCCAUCAUAUAUGCUUUUCUGGGGCAGAAGUUUAUGAGGCGCUGCAAGCUGCUGCUGAGGCAAUGCAUCUCUGGGAUGACACCUUCCCGCAGGGAUUCAGAUAAUUUUGCCAAAAAGAGCUCAGUGGUGGUCAGGUCCUCUGAAUCCAGUUUGGUUAUGUAGCUGCUAGUACUUCAAUGCCCUUUAUCUACCUACCAACCUAGCUACAUACACAUUAGAGGUGCGGCAAAAAAAAUCGCGAUUAUAGUUUCUUCCAAUUCUUAGUCAAUUCCUAAAUUUAAUCAUCUAUUUUUUUAGGAAUAGAUUUUUAAAAAAAACCUGUUGUUAUCUUACUCAGCCUAAAGCUUAUUCUUUGAUAAUAGAUUAUUGAACUGAAAAUGCUAGUCAACAAUAAAACACAUAUUUAUAAAGCUAAUCUUAUUAAAUCUGAAAUGUGCUGGCAUUACUUCAGAUAAGAUGAAAUAUUAAAUUUGUGGUAUUAAAUUGAAUAUCCUCAUUUUCUAUUCCCUGACGAGCAAGGAAACCUGUGAAACAGACUUGAAGGGAAGAAAAAGCCUGUUUUUUCCUGACCUAACAUACCGUAUAUUCUGCUCUACCCAGGUAUUGAGCACUGUAUAACGGAUAAACCACAGA